AUGGCACCUCAGAAACGGACUCGGGACUUGACAAAACGAUCUCAUGAGCCAGGAUCUUACGAUGCCCAGGCCGCACCAGCCGGGAAGAAGGUCAAGUUUGGGGAGGACGGCAGCUCGAAGGAUGUAGGCCAGAGACCAACCACUUUACUCAGCGAAGAAGUCGACUUUCCUCGAGGUGGCGGUGUCACGCUGGAGGAGCUGAAUAAGUCUACAAGUGCUACUGCUAUGGAAGUUGAUGGCCAACCCAUUCCCAAAAAGGUUAUAAAACGAGCUAAAGGAGGAAAGAAAGACAAAAAGGGGAAACAAAAGGCAGAUGCGAGCGUUAGCGUUAAGAGCGACACAAUCCGGGUAGAGCAUCUCAAUUAUAAACGUCUCGAACCUGGACAGAGACUAUUUGGUCAAAUAACAUCCAUUCUACCUCUUGCCCUCAUCGUUUCCCUACCUAACCAACUGAUGGGGCAUGUCCCUAUCGUCAACGUAUCGACUCAACUCACCGCUCGUUUGGAAGCUACGCCGUCAAAUUCUUCUGAAGCCGAGGAAGAGGAGGAAGAGGAAGAGGACAAUGAUGGAGUGCCCUCUUUGUCGCAAAUGUUCAAGCCUGGCCAAUAUGUCUCGUGUAUGGUCAAGCAAGUGCGGCCAGUAUCCUCUACAAUAGAUUUUGGUGCAAAACCACGAGACGAAGAGGAAAAGGCCGCUCGGCGGGUCGAGCUGUCGAUUCGACCGACCGAGGUUAAUGAAGCUGUCGGUACCGGGGACCUCCGAACCGGAUUCAAUAUCACCGGUAUCAAAGAUGUAUCGGGCUUCAUUCCGUACAAGGACAAGUCCAAUCCCGAUGAGAGGCGACUAAGCGUUGGCCAGGUUGUGUCUUCGACUGUAGUAAAAUUAUCGGAAAACAAGCGAUUAUGCACACUGUCCGUUGAGCCAGACGCAAUCCAAACCGCUUCACUAACCGAAGCCACUUCGGCACACGCAUUGCUUCCAGGAACGCUAGUAUCAGCAUUGGUCACUGCAGUUGUCCCUAGCGGAUUAAAUCUUCAGGUUCUGGGAUAUUUCGGCGGAACAAUCGAACUGUUCCAUCUCCCAAGCGGGGCAGAUGUUAAAGAGGGAGAUAAGGUCAAAGCCCGAAUAUUGUGGGAUAUUCCUGGCUCAAGUCCCCCUCGCUUCGCUCUUUCGUUGCUCCCUCAUGUCAUUCGACUCACACCACCAUCUAUCCAGCCUAUCCCUGUCCAAGAAUCUAAAAAAUCGAAGAAAAAGACAGAAAUCAUCUCCGAGGAUGCACCCACUCUGAGGGAAGCAUAUCCAGUUGGCAUGAUCCUGGAAGCGGUAAAGGUCACGCGCGUCGAGUCGGAAUGGGGGCUGGUGUGCGAAGUAACAGAGGGAGUCGGAGCAUUCGUACACAUCUCUCAAAUUUCCGAUUCGCUUAUUCCUCAAUUGUCGAGUACAUCUGGAACCUGGCGUCUAGGAAGCAGUCACCGCGCACGUGUGAUCGGAUACCAUGCGUUGGAUGGGCUCUUGUUGCUCAGCUUCAAACCGAGUGUUCUGGAAUUGGAGUAUAUGCAAGUGGCUGAUGUAGAGGUUGGGAAAAGACUAAAGGGAACAAUUGUUAGGUUGCGUGAGAGUGGUCUUGUCGUUGCUUUAUCGGACAAGGUUACGGGCCUGGUGACCCCGCAGCAUUACGCAGAUAUCAAGUUAAAGCACCCGGAGCGCAAGUUUAAAGAGGGAGCAACCAUUAAAUGUCAGGUUCUUAAUGUGAACCCUGAACGAAGUCGAGUACUCUUGACCCUCAAAAAAUCGCUCCUAGAUUCAACUCUUCCUAUAUUAGCAGCAUUCGAAGAUGCAAAAGUAGGAAUAGUUACACCUGGUGUGGUACAGCGGAUCGAAGAACGGUUUGUAAUAUUGGAGUACUACGGAGGUGUGAAAGCGUUGGUCCCGCUCAAUGAAUUGACGGACACCCAAGUAUCCAGCACCUCAGGUCUCUUUACCAUGGGCCAAGUGGUCAAAUCCCGCAUCAUCUCUAUUGACAAGGACCAGCACCGUCUAACUGCAAGCAUCCGACAAGCAGCCCCUUCCUUCCAAGGCCCAGUGGAUAUUUCCAAAGUUGAAGUCGGAAGUACCGUAUCAGGAACGGUCUCGGCGGUACAUGACGAAAACGUUGUUCUCUCCUUGGAUGACCCAGAAAGUGGCCGGGCCUUACUGAGCGUCUCCAACUUGGCCAAUGCGCGUGGAACAACUGUCCCCCAGCUCCGCUCAUCGCUAGAGAAUGGAGAACGAAUCCUAGGUUUAUCCGUGAUUUCUGUGAACGCAGAAAAGGCGCUUGUCAUCGUUUCGGCUGCUAAACCCAAGGAAAAAUCCAAGCCUAAAACUGGGAUUUCCUCGUCUCUGCGAAUCGACGCAUUGGAAGAAGGCCAAACUGUAUCUGGGCGUAUCACUCAAACUAUGGGCACUGGGAUUGGUGUUAGGCUGUCCAGCCAUGUUGUCGGGAGACUCCAUGCUACGGAUGUGGCGGACGAUUACACUGGCCCCUCUGCUGUACACCCAGCCGAGGGAAGCGUUGUCGAAGUCGCUAUCGUUCGCGUUGACAAAAACCUCAAACGGGUAGAUGUCUCGAUGCGUAAAUCCCGUCUUGAACCUCCUUCGAAACCCAAGAUUGUUGACCGAGAAAUUACUAAGAUUGAGGAGCUGAAGGUCGGGGAGAAGGUCCGGGGAAUAGUAAAAUCCAUUGUUCAGCACGGAAUUUUCGUUAUGCUUGGGCGGGACCUGGAUGCACGUAUUCAAAUCAAGGAGCUCUUUGACGAGCCCACCAAGUACGUGAAAGAUUGGCAAUCUCGCUUCUCAAUCGGCCAGGUCGUUGAAACCCGAGUGCUCGCUACGAACCCGGAAACGAACCAGAUCGAAUUAACGAUGCGCUCAGGGGACAUCAAUAAGCUUCUCAAACGUACUGUUGGCCUGUCAGACUUCCAAGUCGGACAGAAGGUUGAAGGACGAAUCAAGCGUGUGGCCGACUUUGGUAUUUUUAUCGAGAUUUCUGGAACAAAGAUUAGUGGGUUAUGCCACAAGUCCGAGAUUUCCGAUAACAAAAAGGCCAACGUUUCCGAAGCCCUGAAGUCUUUCCGAGAGGACGACCAAAUCAAGGCUGUGAUUCUUUCGAUUGACACUGCCGCCCGAAAAAUAUCCUUUGGAAUCAAGCCGUCGUAUUUCGAUGACGAAGAUUUUGCUAUGAAGGACGCAUCAGAAGAUGGGGAUAGCUCCGAGGAAGGUGAAGGAGAGGGUGAAGAUAAUGAUGAUGACGAAGACCAGGAUGAGGAGGCCGGAGAGGAAGAGGUAUUAGAAGAGGAAGAAGAAGGGGAGGAGGACUCAGACGAGGAGCUUGCUGAAGCAAUAGCAGAGGUGGCCUUGCCCGAAGAAACAAUCGCCACGCCAAAGACAACACACUCAUCCAAAGACGCUCCCGCCCUGUCUCUGAGCGGGGGAUUCAACUGGUCUGGUCAGGGUGAGGACGGGGCUGAUGAAGGGGCGAGCGGAAGCGAAGGUUCCGAUUCGGAGGACGAAGAUAGCGCCAAGAAGUCCAAGAAAAAGAAAAAGCGCGGAAUCCUGAAGGACAUGACUGCCGACUUGCACACCAAAGUUCCAGAAUCAACUGCUGAUUUUGAGCGCGUUCUCUUGGGAUCUCCAAACUCUUCGUAUCUCUGGAUCCAAUAUAUGUCUUUCCAGCUUCAACUAUCCGAGGUUGACAAGGCUCGAGAGAUUGGUCGACGUGCUCUCCAGACAAUCAAUUACCGCGAAGAACAAGAAAAACUCAACGUUUGGAUUGCUCUACUUAAUUUGGAAAAUCAGUUUGGAACUGAAGAAAGCUUGGAGGCACUGUUCAAGGAUGCUGCGCGACACAAUGAUUCCAAGACGGUGCAUUUAAGGAUGGCUGCGAUAUUUGAUGAAUCAGAGAAGACUCAGAGAGCGGAAGAGCAAUACGCUCGCACUGCGAAAAAGUUUAGCCAGAGCAGUAAAGUCUGGACGUUAUUUGGCGAGUACUACCUCAAGACAGGAAAGCUCGAAGAAUCACGCAAACUGCUUGCAAGGAGUCUGCUUAGCUUGCCCCAGCGAAAACACUUGAAAACAAUUUCUACAUUUGCCCGGAUGGAAUACAAGCUUGGAGAUCCCGAACGCGGCAAGACCAUCUUUGAGGGUAUUGUCGAAUCUCACCCCAAGCGGAACGACUUGUGGUCCAUGUAUAUUGAUAUGGAAGUUUCACAAGGCAACGCUCAGAGUAUUCGAAAUGUUUUCAACCGGGCCCUUGCACGAAAGCUUACUGCAAAGCAAGCCAAAUUCUUUUUCAAAAAGUGGCUUGAGAUCGAGAAGAGAAUUGGUGACGAUGCUGGAGCAGAGGCCGUCAAAGAAAAGGCUGUGGCUUGGAUGCAAUCGCACUCGGGCUCAGGCGAGGAGUCAUAA